AAUGAACAUGUAAGGACGAGAGAGUCAAUGGGUGCGCGAAAAGAGAGAUUCAGUGUCGAAACUGCAUAUUGUGUAUGAUCUCAGCCUGUUCGUCAAUAUGACAACAAUAACCCAUCCUUUAAAAUAAGUCCUCCAUCUGAAACCGAAGGCACUCUAACCACAAUCCUUGGUUAGGAGAGUCUUGUGCGUUUCUACUUCCGCUCUGGGUAGUUAGCUGCCGGACUUCCGUGUUGUCUGCGUGAUGACGUAGACGUCCGGACCCUCACAGUCCGGUCAGCACAAACGCAUCGGAGGCGGAGGUCUGUUUCCAGCUCCUUGACGGUGAAAUCACAAACAGCAUUAUGAGUCAGCGGACGGAGCGACGGGGGAUACACGUGGACCAAUCAGACCUGCUGUGCAAAAAAGGAUGCGGUUACUAUGGCAACGCAGCCUGGCAGGGCCUGUGCUCAAAGUGCUGGAGGGAGGAGUACCAGCGGGUACGGCAGAAACAGAUCCAGGAUGACUGGGCACUGGCAGAAAAGCUGCAACGAGAGGAGGAGGCAGCGUAUGCCAGUAGUCACGGCGUGCAGACUCAGUCCACAACGACCCCGCAGCCCGGACAUGCCUCGCUGGGUCCCUUCUCCAAGUUUGAGGAGAAGAAAACCAAUGAAAAGACUCGGAAAGUGACCACCGUCAAGAAGUUCUUCAGCCCUUCGUCACGAACUGCUUCUAAAAAAGAAACCCAAGAAGGUAAAACCAGUCCGUCCAUCAGCCGCCACGCAAGCUUCGAUACGGACCAAGUGUCCAAAGACUUUGUGGACUUCCUGAAAAACCUCCAGAAGCCCGGCCGGGAGAUCCACAAGCAGUGCCGAGCCUUCCUCGUGAACAUGUCAAGCAAGAAGGACCUGGGUGCCGAUGAGCUGUCAGAGUGCGUUCAAGAUUUCUACCAGAAUUUGGCCGACCGCCUGAUGACUCACUUUAAAGGCUCCUCUGAGUCUGUGGAGCAGGUGAUGGACCAAGUGGAAAAGUACAUCAUGACUCGUCUGUACAAGAGCGUUUUCUGUCCAGAAACCACUGAUGACGAGAGGAAGGACUUGGCCACACAGAACAGAAUAAGGGCUUUGCACUGGGUGACCAUCCAGAUGCUCUGUGUGUCCAUGGAUGAAGAAAUCCCGGAAGUCUCUGAGAAUGUGGUGAAAGCGAUAACAGAUAUCAUUGAGAUGGAUUCGAAGAGGGUUCCUCGGGACAAACUGGCCUGCAUCACACGCUGCAGUAAACACAUCUUCAGCGCUAUUAGGAUCACCAAGAACGAGCCGGCGUCCGCCGACGACUUUCUCCCCGCGCUCAUUUACAUCGUGUUGAAGGCUAAUCCUCCACGACUUCAGUCCAACAUCCAGUACAUCACCCGAUUCUGCAACCCCAGCAGGCUGAUGACCGGAGAGGAUGGAUACUACUUCACCAACCUGUGCUGUGCAGCUGCCUUUAUCGAGAAGUUGGACGCUCAGUCUCUCAAUCUUUCCCCGGAGGAGUUUGAGCGUUACAUGUCGGGCCAAGCUUCGCCAAGAUGCAGCAGCGCAGAGGGCGAGUGGCCCCACACCGGUCCAGGAGCUGGCGUGGCUGCCACCAACCCUGUCCUGGCACAGCUCAACCACAAUCUGGAGCAGCUGUCAACCAUCAGCAGCCGGCAGGAGAAGGUGAUGGAGGCCGCUCAGAGCCUCCAGGCUGAUCUGCUCUCCUGGACCGAGAGCGUCCAGCGGGAGGUGAACGACAUCCUGGAAAAAUAUCCGCUGACCUGCACAGUUUCUGCCAUUGAUGCCAACAACAUAGACAACGACAACCUGCCGCCGCCGCUGACCCCCCAGGUGUUCGCAGGGUAGUAAAGUCAGUAAAGGGAGAAGAAGCAUUUUGCAUAAAGGUACUUUACUUUGAAAAUGGGAGUUUCCCAGUAGCCUCUGCACCUUAAAUUUAAAGUGAAGUCAUUUCAGUCAGAAAAAGGAAGAGAGAGAGGGGUGAGCUACGGGGAGAAGCUGCUUUUAUUUGAUUAUUAUUAUAACUGUAACUAUAAAAACACACUCCACGUACAAUUGUUAACAAGGGAUGCACGAGCUAUGGAACAUUUCUUUUUGUAGUUAGUUUGUUGUAUUUUGGGGCAUUUUACACGGAAGUUUAUGCUGACAGUCUCCAUUUAUGAUGCUGCCUCGUGUGGCCAUUUAUGGAACUGCAGGAACUGUAUUUGGCAGCUCAGUUUUGGCUUUUAGCCGUCGAGGUUUCUGCAGUUAUGUUGCACAGUUCACUUUUAUUCAACACCAAAUGGACAAAACAAAAAAAAACAAAACAAAGAAAAAUCAAAUAAAUUUGAAACAAAACUUAGUAGGUUCAACAAAAAAGGUGUGGUCAAUGGUAAUUUUAGAAGAAAAUAGGAAAUUUAUUAGGAAAAAACCUUGUAAAGUGGUGAGAAAAAACAGGCAAGUUUGCAUUAAAAAGUUAUAAGGAAAAAAAUGGCUAAUUUCUCAGAAAUAAAUUUGUCAAUAAAAAACAUUUUUUUAAAGAGUUUUAAGAAAGAAAUCCAUGAGAAAAACUGGACAAGUUUGUGAGGAAAAAAUAGCAAAUUUGCUGUAAAAAUGUUUAUGAAAAAUAACAGGUAAUUAUGUAACCAAAAACAAACAAAUUUAUGAGAAAGAAAUGGCAAAAAUAUAGCACAUAUUAAACUGACCAGCUGCUGUUACUGUUACACUUAAAACUUGUCACUAUUUUGUCCAAACAUAACAGGCAGAUGAUGCUAACUGGCUGGAGAAGAGAAUACUCGUGUUAGUACUAAAUGAUGAUAUGAUAUGAAAUAAACGUACCUAAAUUUACGUAACAAUUAAAAUAGAUUUUAAGUGCGCAAAUAAACAACCAGCUUCAGAUGACGAUCACUUAUUGUCAGCUGUGAUUUUGAUUUAGCUCUUAUUAAUGACAAAAUAAGCUCCUAAAUGAUAAGCUUAUUUGCGCACAUUUCUUUACAUGUUCACUCUUUAUUUCACUAAAAAGCGAUCCCGCAAAAGAAAUAAAUUAAAAAGCAGACUAACCUGUGCAUGAGUGUGCAAUUACGGUUUCCCUGUAACACCUUCAGCUGCCAUUGUUAUCUGCCACAGUCUUGAAUUUUUGUUGCCGUGGAAGUUUAAACAUCUGCAGGCCUGCAGAUCGAUGUUUUAGUCUGAGGACAGUUUCACGUUUGUCAUUUUGUGGAGAAAAGAAAUUCAGGUCUUACACAUUUCUAACACGGAACCGCUUCCAAUUAACCUGCAAGCAUGAAUUUACCCUGAAUACACACUUCAGGUUUUGUGUAAUUUAUGUUUCAAUAUUGUACUGUGUGGGGUUUUUUUUAUUUGUUUUUAAAGAUUUACAGUGUUUGUCUGGCUUUCUGCACCACAUACCGGCCUCAGUAACAAACCAUUGCAAAAAUACGCAUGUUACAUGAUAAAAAUACUAUUACUAAUGUAUUUUAGAUAUUAAUUUUUUUAAAAUCUCAUUUUGUGUACUGUAUAUUGUUAAAACAGUCCAGUGUCUGCCACUUUAAACCACUCCUGGUCCUGUUUCUGUGUUUAUUUAUUGACCGAGGAUCUUUUAAGUACUGUCAAAUUCAAUAACAUUGCUAGUCGCUGAAAUAAAAGCAAAGGGAUUGUAUAAAAGCCUAUAAAAUGUGUGAUUACUGUAAAUUUACUCCGCUGCAAAAAGCAUCUCCAUUUGCCACGUGUGGCUUGUUUAAUCCUCAGUAGCAACCGCUUGAUCUUGAAAAGGUUUUUGCUGUACAUUUCUUUUUCUUUGUGCCACAGAGCUCUAAUAUCGGAGCGACAUGUUCAGGCAGUAGCAGCAGCGCCAAAUGUGUAUUAAUCCGCAGCUGAAACUAGUCCCAUGCGAUUUCACUAUUCACUCUAAGCUACAGUUCCCAGCUAUUUCAUAUAAAUUUGAUAUGUUUGUGAUUUUAAAAAAUUGAUUUAUGCCUUAAGAUGUAACUGAAAUAUUUUGAGUGUGUAUGAAAAAUAAUGAAAUCUGUUGAAUUGAAAUGGAAAAACAAUUUGUGAUGAGCCAGACUUGUGAAGUAAACCUGCUACUUUAGUUAAGCAUUAGUUAAAGUUAAAGUUUUAAGUAAAUUAAAGUGAAAUCUUCAGAUGAAUCACAUAUGAAAAAAUUAACACAGUUAAUAAAUAUUGGAGUGAUGGAU